CGUCGGGCUGGGAGUACUCUGUUGCCAUGUUUGUUGGUUUAAACUUUAGCCUUUUGCUCUUUGUCGUCGUGGCAUAUGCGAUGAUAAUCUAUAAGACCUGCGCAUCAAGUAGGCGCAUGGCUAAGCAAGGGACCGAAAGAGAGAGGAGAAUGAAAGCCAAGUCAAGGGCAGCCGAUCUGAGGAGGGAGGCCUCGCUCGCCAAAAGGGUGUUCUUCAUUGUUCUUACCGAUUGUGUCUGCUGGAUGCCUAUUGUGGCGAUUGGAAUGAGGUCGCUCUUGGAAAAAUCCUUCCGUACACCAGGUGACCUCGCAGUUUGGAUCGCAGUCUUUGUUCUGCCGGUUAACUCUGCCAUCAAUCCCAUUCUUUACACCUUGUCAACCCCACAGGUCCGAGGAGUCAUCAGAACCAAACUCCAACCGUUGUGGGAUUAUCUGAUGGAAAAACUCGGCCGAAAUCAAAAUGUUGAAGUUCAAGAUCAGGGAAUAGAGAUGAGAGUCAUCGAAGAAGGUACGCACCAUUCACUUCUCCACAGACUAAAACAAAUUUCAGAACGCAACACCUAGCAUUCAAAAACCAAGAGCGAA